UGCACACAGACGCUUAAGCGAGAGGAGAUUGUUUAAUGAAGCGCUUGGUCGAUAGGAUUUUGUAACAAAAUGGCGCUGCAAGUGGUCCGGCGUAGUGUAUCUGCCCUUCGUCAUUCUUUGAGGGCGUUAUCACAAUUAACAACAACCCCACAGACUCAACCUGUUACACUGGAUACAUUUGCAUUGCUUAAAUGUGGCUCCUGCCGCAAUUUCCAUGUAUCUGUGAAAAGACAUGACCUGAUGGAAUUUUUCGAUGAUAAAGAAAAUUGGGGUGAAAAAAGUGUGAAAACUGGACGACCUUGGCGAAUGGAAGAAUUACGAAUAAAGAGCAGCACAGAUCUACAUAAAUUAUGGUAUGUGUUGCUGAAGGAGAGAAACAUGUUACUGACAAUGAGACAUGCCUGCCGACACGAGGGUUCAAUAUUCCCUAAUCCAGAACGAAUUGACAAGGUGGAGGAAAGCAUGGAAAAUCUGAUGAAUGUUAUCAAAGAGAGAGACAAUUCAUACAGCUUACUGGAAACAGGGAAACCAGCAGAGCGAGAAUUGGUGGAGGCACUAGAUAUGUUUGGGCGGCCUUACAUGAGAAAGCAAAGAGAGCAUGCUGUACCAAAAGGAGACAUGAUCUCGUCAGGAAGACGGGAUCCUUGGUUAAGGAGAUAUCACCGACUUCUCCGUGAAAAAUAUCUGAAAGAGAGACAUCGUGCGAUGAAACGUGAAUCAAGAUAUAUAAGGAGAAUGAGAGAAAGAUUUCCAGAUGCUUCCGAGGAGGACAUUGAAUAUGGAUUGGAACGUGAAACCAGGAGGAACAAACAAGGAUUCUAUGAUGUUGAAUAAAAUUCUGUGUAGUUUAUCUUAUUAUUUCAUUAUUAUGUUUUAGACGAUUUAUUUGCCAAAAAAUGCAAUAAUAGGAACAUGUAUGUCUUUGGAAUAAAUGUGUGUGAAGGAGUAUUUGCAAAA